AUGUCGAUGAGCCCCAAGCAUACGACUCCUUUUUCCGUUUCCGAUAUCUUGAGUCCUCUUGAGGAGAGCUACAAGAAAGUAAGUAUGGAGAGUAACAAUUUGGGGGCUCCUCUGGGGUCGUACCGGCAGCCGCAGGUCUCACAGGCGACUAUGCAGCAGCACCACAUGGGUCACAAUGGAACGGUACCCGCAGCUUACCACAUGACCGCUGCGGGGGUGUCCCAACUCUCGCACACGGCGAUGGGGGGCUACUGUAACGGAAACCUCGGGAAUAUGAGCGACCUUCCGCCAUACCAGGAUGGCAUGAGAGGCAGCACAACGGCCACCAGCUGGUAUGGAGCCAACCCAGACCCACGUUUCUCCACCAUCUCACGGUUCAUGGGCUCGUCUUCGGGCAUGAACAUGGGCAGUAUGGGAAGCCUUAGCUCGCUGGCAGACGUGGGCAAGACUAUGGGCUCCCUCUCCAGUACCCCGCGGCGGAAGAGGCGCGUGUUGUUUUCCCAAGCCCAAGUCUACGAGCUGGAGCGGCGCUUUAAACAGCAGAAAUAUCUCUCGGCCCCCGAAAGGGAGCACCUUGCCAGCAUGAUCCAUUUGACGCCCACGCAAGUCAAAAUCUGGUUUCAAAACCACAGGUACAAGAUGAAGCGACAAGCCAAGGACAAGGUGUCCCAGCAACAGAUGCAGCAGGACAGCUCCUGUCAGCAACAGCAGCAGUCGCCCCGGCGGGUGGCCGUGCCAGUGUUGGUAAAAGACGGCAAACCGUGUCAAGGCAGCGGGCACACACCAACCACCACUGUGCCUACUCACCACCAGCAAGGUGGCAACAUCAUGAUCAUGUCCAAUAAUGCUACGGGCAUGGGUCAACUCCAGAACCAACAAGUGGGAAGCGCUGGGCAAUCCCCCGACCUGACACACCAUUCCACCAGCCCACCGUCCCUGCAGACACAGGUGGCCAGUCUGUCGCACCUCAACUCCAACUCUGAGUACGGAGCGGCCUUGCCCUGUUCGGCCCUGCUCUACGGCAGGACGUGGUGACAACACUGGCGCACAAGUAAGAACGGACAGUGUGCACCACUGCGAACUUGUUUUGAGUUUUAAAACAGUGUCAAAGAGUGACAGACUUGUGUGUGCGUUUGUAUUACACACCUCGCGUUGGUACCCCUUAAUGUCCACUCUGCUGGAGAGAGUUGGAUACGGAGGCAGAGGAGGAUAGCUCACGGAGGAAAAAAACUGAUUUGUGUAUUUUAAGGAUACACGCCUCCCAAUUCUACACAGAAGACGGAAUUAUUUAUGUAGAUCUAACAGACAUUAUUCAAGAGAUUCAUACACUAAAAUACUUUCUUUGUGCGCCUGCUUGGAUAA